UCUCUCCCCAUCUCUCCCCAUCUCUCCCCAUCUCUCCCCAUCUCUCCCCAUCUCUCCCCAUCUCUCCCCAUCUCUCCCCAUCUCUCCCCAUCUCUCCCAACGACAAUUCUGAGAGCUCCAGCGCAUCCCAGCGAUUUGAUCCUCAAAAUGACGCGCAAGUAUUGCCUAGUAACACCCUCUAUGAUUGUGGCGAAUCUCGAAGCGCAAAGACUGUUGUUUAUCCAGGAAGGCUAUGAGCUUCUGCAAACACAAAAGAACAAGAGCGACCAAUUUCUCAACCUCUGGCAGAUUCCAGAUCGCCAAUCUCAGAGAUGGGUCAGAAAUCGAGCCAGAGCACUUCUAGAAAUAAUUUACAACAAAAAGUCUUUGGGUAUUGAGGUUUUCCUAUUAUGCGCACUCGGUACGAGUACGUCGAGGCUUGCCAGAGUUGACCCUGUCAAUUGUGAGUCGCAAAUAGCCAAAUGGUGGGCGACGGUUGAGCAUCCAUCGAGCCUAGCUCCUGUAGCCAAAGCUUAUGAGAGCCGUCGAUGGAGCGUGUUCUCAGCAUUCGCGAGGUAAAUAUAUCCUCUGAGUACAUAUAUAUCGAGCUUUGAUUGACAUGCCUUACAGUCAGCCUCCACCUACAGCGGUUCACCUUAGUCUAACUGAACUGUUCAAUUUUUUGGAAAGCCAUGUUUCUCGCCAGAG